AUGCUCAUGAUGACCCACCUUUUACUGUUCUGUCAUAUGUUUGGGGCAACGUGGAACAAGCUAAGCUCACGACUGCGAACGCUCGAGAGCUGUCUCGCCCACAAGGUCUCAAUCUGGUGUGGAACCAAAUCCCAACUACAGUCCGAGACGCCAUGA